CCGAGCGCCUUGGCGCAGCCGCAGCUUGUGGACGCGAAAGACAAGAACGAACGAGCAGUCGAGAGAACUGGGAGGCGAAAAGGGAAGAAAGAUCGAAAUAAUUCGUGACAACAACACCCCACUCCGAAAAUGAAGUUCCAGUAUAAAGAAGAGCACCCGUUUGAGAAGCGAAGGUCCGAAGGGGAGAAAAUCAGGAAGAAAUACCCGGACAGGGUGCCAGUGAUUGUUGAAAAGGCUCCAAAAGCCAGAAUAGGUGACCUGGACAAAAAGAAGUAUUUGGUACCCUCUGACCUCACAGUGGGCCAGUUUUACUUCCUCAUUCGAAAAAGAAUUCAUCUCCGAGCAGAGGAUGCACUUUUUUUCUUUGUUAACAAUGUCAUUCCACCAACCAGUGCAACAAUGGGCCUUCUUUAUCAGGAGCAUCAUGAGGAAGAUUUCUUCCUCUACAUUGCAUACAGUGACGAAAGUGUCUAUGGGCAGAGGUUGAUGAAAAUCUAGGAACUUAGAGAACUCUGCUUGUCCCUUAUCCCCCUGGCCCAGAACAUAAAGCAGCCUCUACCCCAAAAUGGAGACGCCAAUGCACUUUUUUUUUUCUCCUCCUUGAUUCUGCCUUGGAGCCUUCUUACUGGUUGGAAAGGAGGUGGCGCUGGUGGCAAUUUGUUGAGGAUUUUCUUUUUGGUUGACUUCUUUAUAUGGAUAUUAUUGUUUUCUUGUUCACAAUUACAAAACAACCAUGCUUCAUUUGGCUGUGAAAACCUCAAAAUAAUUUUUAGUUUUUUCUUUUAAUUGUUUAAAUUGCUGGCUUGCGCUUUCUGUACUGUACCAAUAUAUACUUCUGAAACCUUUGUUGGGUUCUUGUUUGAAAACUGGUCCAAAUAGUAGCAACUUUACGUCUUGUGACUGCACAAGUGUUGUAGUUGAAAUUGCUUAUACUGAGAGGAAUGAUACCAUUUGCUGUUCUGCCAAUUAACAUUCUGAGGUCCAAAUAACAAUAAAGUUCCAUUUUGAAUGGUUAAAGGCAUCACUAGUUGAAUAACUAUUGUUUUUUUUGCCAGCUUUGCCCUUUUUUGUAGGUAUCAUCAAUGGCAUUAUGAACAUUUGUCUGCUUCCCAUUAAAAGGGUUAAUUAUUUAAAUGGAGGUGUUGCUGCCACAUUUUUGUUGUUUGAUUACAAAUAUUUAAAUUCCUUACAUUUGAAAAUAAAUGUAACCUAAACACAGA